UGCAAUUUACAAAUUCAACACUGAAUUACUCUCAAUAACAACUCAAGUACUUCAUUUCAUCACUAUAUUAUGACUAAAGUCUCUCCUCCGACAACCAACCGCCGCCUCUAACCCAACAGCCACCCUUUUUACAACCUUAAAAUACUCAAACAUCUCUCACAAACUUCUCUUUUUGAUCACUAAAAAUGAGUUUGUUCAACUGGGUUUCAUUUAUUUUACUUUUUCUCCAUUUUUUAACUCCAAUUUUUAGCUCAACUGGGCUGUCAUCUGAUGUUUCAUCAAAGUUUCUUGAUUAUGCUAAAAAAGAUGAGAUUUUUGACUGGAUGGUGGGUCUAAGGAGGAGAAUUCAUGAGAAUCCUGAGUUGGGUUAUGAGGAAAUUGAGACUAGUAAGGUUAUUAGAGAUGAAUUGGGAAAAAUGGGGGUUAAAUAUAAGUACCCAUUUGCUGUUACUGGUGUUGUUGGCUUUAUUGGUACUGGAAAAUCUCCUUUUGUUGCAUUAAGAGCUGACAUGGAUGCUCUUCCUAUGCAGGAAAUGGUGGAGUGGGAGCAUAAGAGUAAAGUCCCUGGAAAGAUGCAUGCUUGUGGACAUGAUGCUCAUGUUGCUAUGCUUCUUGGUGCUGCUAAGAUUCUUCAAGAACAUCAAGAAGAGAUAAAGGGCACUGUUGUUCUUGUAUUCCAACCGGCUGAGGAAGGAGGCGGUGGGGCAAAGCAAAUAAUAGAUGCGGGUGCAUUAGAGAAUGUUCAAGCUAUCUUUGGUUUGCAUGUUGAUUCCAGGUUGCCAAUAGGUCAAGUGGCCUCUAGAGCCGGUCCUUUACUGGCUGGGAGUGGCUUCUUUGAUGCAGUAAUAAGCGGGAAAGGAGGUCAUGCCGCAAUUCCUCAGCACUCGAUAGAUCCUAUAUUGGCAGCUUCUAAUGUCAUUGUUAGUUUACAACAUCUUGUUUCCAGGGAAGCUGAUCCACUAGACUCGCAGGUGGUGACAGUUGCCAAAUUCCAAGGAGGUGGUGCAUUCAAUGUUAUUCCAGAUUCUGUUUCACUUGGGGGCACCUUCCGUGCCUUUUCUAAAGAAAGCUUUAAGCAACUAAGGCAGCGUAUCGAGGAGGUAAUCACAGGGCAAGCUUCCGUACAGAGAUGUAAAGCAGCAGUUAAUUUCCUGGAAAACGAAAAACCCUUUUUUCCUCCUACCAUAAACGAUAAAAAGUUGCACGAGCACUUCACAACUAUUGCUGGAGAUAUGCUUGGCACUGAUAAAGUUAAAGACAUGCAACCAUUGAUGGGAUCUGAGGAUUUUUCCUUCUAUCAAGAGAUUAUGCCUGGAUACAUCUUCUUUAUCGGAAUGCAGAACGAGACACAUAAACAGCUCCAAUCCGCACACUCACCCCACUUUGAAAUAAAUGAAGACGUUCUUCCUUACGGCGCCGCACUGCAUGCAUCAAUGGCCACUGGAUAUAUUCUUAAACUACAGGAAGAACAUCCUUUGUCAGAAGAAAAACAGCAUGAUGAACUGUGAAGGACUUCACAUGAAUAUAUAGACUUCUUGUUGACCUGAAGCCUUUAAAAAAUUCCAGGUCAGCAUCUAAUGCUGCUUCUUAUGUAGAUAUAUGACAUUCAAAUAAAAAUUAAGUAUAAUUUUUUUUCGAAGUA